AUGGUUUCCUCGCAGAGCUCCGCUUCUGACACGAAUGGCAAUACGCCUGCAUCCGAAGUGGAAUCCUUCGACUAUGAUGUUAUCCUCAUCGGGGCGGGCAUCUCUGGUCUCUGUCAGCUCUACCACCUCCGAAAACUUGGCUUCACCACAAAGGUCUUCGAAGACGCCGCCGACGUAGGUGGAACCUGGUUCUGGAAUAGAUAUCCUGGAUGCCGUUUUGACUCUGAGAGUGAGACAUACUCCUUUUCAUUUUCUCAGGAGGUCCUCGAUGAAUGGCGGUGGACGGAGCACUUUUCAAGUCAGCCAGAGACUCUCAAGUACUGCCAGUAUGUCGCAAAAAAGUUUGAUUUGUGCAAGGAUACUCAAUUCAAUACUCGUGUGACUGGAGCCUACUGGCAAGAGGAGUCUAGGACAUGGAGAAUCGUCACAGACAAUGGUGACGAGGUAACGUGUCGUUUCUUCAUCACUGCGGUAGGACCAUUGUCUGCUCCCACGAUGCCACGAAAUCUUGAUGCUUCAAUUUUCGAAGGGCAGUCGUGUCACACAUCGAGAUGGCCACAUGAGCCAGUCAGUUUCGAGGGCAAGCGAGUUGCAGUCAUUGGUACUGGUGCAACUGGAAUUCAAGUGAUUCAAGAGGUUGCUAAGACCGCAAAACAACUUACGGUUUUCCAACGUACACCUAAUUGGAGUUGUCCCUUAAACAAUAGCCCCAUCACAGACAAAGAGAUGGCAGAUAUUCGCAAAGAUUACAGGGACAUUAUCAAACGCUGUAAUUCUACAGUUGGGAGUUUUGUACACCAACCAGAUCCAAGGUCGGUCUUUGAUGUCAGUCAGGAAGAGCGGGAGGCAUUUUGGGAGAAGUUGUACUCUGAACCCGGUUUUGGGAUCUGGAUGGGGAACUUCAGGGACAUUUUGAUUGAUGCCAAAGCAAACAAGCUAAUGUCUGAUUGGGUCGCGAAAAAGAUACGACAACGCGUAAAAGAUCCGUUCCUGGCCGAGAAACUGAUUCCUAAGAAUCAUGGUUUCGGAACCAAAAGACUACCACUCGAAACUCACUAUUUCGAGGCCUAUAAUCAACCCAAUGUCGAGCUGGUGGAUCUUCAUGAAACCCCGAUUGAAUGCAUAACGGAAAGUGGAAUCAAGACUUCUGACCGCGAAAUGGAUUUCGAUAUCAUUGUCUAUGCGACAGGGUUCGAUGGUCUCACUGGAGCGCAUGAUCGUAUCAACAUCCGUGGUGUCAAUGACGAGCGGUUGAAGGACCGAUGGACACCAUCCCCCAACACAUAUAUGGGGCUGAUGGUCAACAACUUCCCCAACAUGCUAAUGAUUUUAGGGCCACACUCUGCUGUCGGCAAUAUCACCAGGAUUGUGGAGUAUAGCGUUGAUUGGAUCAACAAGCUCCUCGUCCACGCAAGAAGCCAUCAUCUCACGAGGCUAGACCCGAAAAAGGAAGCCGUAGAGGAAUGGACAAAACAUGUUAUCGAUGCGGCGAAACAUGGUUUGGCUUUCCAGGUUGAUUCAUGGAUGACGGGCGUCAACCACAACGUCGAGGGAAAGAGUAAAAGAAUCGUUGCUCGAUAUGCUGGUACAAAUCCCAUGUUUCGCGAAAGGGCUGACAAGGCUGCAGAGGAUGGAUACAAGGAUAUCUCUCAACUUUGA